CCUCCAGCUCUACGUAACAAGCCAAGCGAACCAAACAGACCCGCCUCUCUCGUGAACGCUCUCUAAAGGCCGUGUGGUUUAGGGUUUAAACGUCUCUACAACUACACUAGUCUGUGCCCAAAAAUCCCCGAGAGCUACACAGCCAUGGCGAGCACCAAAGUGCAGCGUAUUAUGACCCAACCCAUUAACUUGAUUUUCAGGUUUCUUCAAAGUAAAGCUCGCAUUCAGAUUUGGCUUUUUGAGCAGAAGGACUUGAGGAUUGAAGGCCGAAUCAUUGGGUUUGAUGAGUACAUGAAUUUGGUUUUGGAAGAUGCUGAAGAAGUCAAUAUCAAGAAAAAGAGCAGAAAGUCUUUAGGAAGGAUUCUUCUUAAAGGAGACAAUAUUACUCUUAUGAUGAACACGGGAAAGUAAUGGUCAUUCCUGGUUCAAGUGGAGGUUCAGUGGAACAGCUUUGGGUAUCAAAUAUUAGUAGGUUAUUAAUGACAUGCAAUGAAUGUCUUUGCACUUAACUUGGCAAUGUAUGCUUUCUUUAGAUAUUUCUCGUGCAUGAAUUUUUGUAUCUAAUUUGCAAACCCCCUGGCAUGUCAAUUUUCAGCCACUCUUUAGAAAUCUUGAUGGCUUGGCCUCCAUGUGAUGGGUGUAGGUAGGGCAUUCAGAAUCUUACCCCGGUAAAUCGCGUUGCUUGCUUGUUAUGGUUCACAGGUUCAGAUUGCAGGGGUUGCGUUUGCUUCUUAUUUGUUUUUUUGGUCCUCCCUUCUGUACGAACCCAAUAUGGUCAACCACUAUCUCUGCAUUUACCACAUAGUUUCAAAUAGUAACGAACACUAAAUAAAUGGCAUGCUGUUUUUAUUGGAUACCAUGCCAUUAUGAGACCUCGCACAGUUUAAUGUGGAUUGUUGUAGUAACUU